AUGGUAUUCAAAAGAAAGAGAUCACUCAUUCGUAGGGAUCGAACAAGGCCUCUCUCUGGACAAUCUAAAAAUACACUGUCAAACUCAAAUUCCACGAGAUUAUCUGGAUACCAAGACAAUACAGCAACAUCUAAUGAUCAUUAUACUGAUCUUAAUGAUUAUGGUGAAUUCGAGAAUGACGCAAGUGAGAUCCCCAUGCAGAACCUAUCAAAUAAAAGGGAUAGUAAUAUCAGCUACAACAGGAAGUUUGCCCCAUUAGAUGAACGGGAUGAUAUUGAGAGCGCUUUGACCAACCCUUUUAUCCCCGAGGAGGAUAGAAGGAAUAGAGAAGGACUCGGGUCUCCUCUUUACAACCAACCAAAAGAAAUUUUCCAUUUAAAUGAUGAAACUCAGGAAGAUUCUGGUUUGAUUGACUCGAAUCAUCAAGUAAGUACUGAAGAUAGUACCCUAAAGAAAGACGACGCAGUCACGGCAACGAACAAUUUUUACACAGCAAUCCCACCAAAGAGACUUGAACUUGAAGAAGACAAAGGCGGUUUCCCAUAUUGGAAAUUAUACUGCUAUGCAGUUACAUUUUGGGCUCCAGGAGCUUUAUUAAAUUGUGUUGGCUUAAAAACAAAGGAUAGACAAUAUGCAUGGAGAGAAAAAAUGGGAUUAAUUAGUAUAAUUUUGGUCAUUGGUGCAAUAAUUGCCUUUUUGACGUUUGGUUUUACUAGAGCAACAUGUACACAUUUGACAGUUAAGUUAAAACCUCAAGAUGUUUCAACUGCUUAUAUAGUCGUCAAUGGUAGAGCCUAUAAUCUUUUACAUUCUUCGCAUCCCGGUGUCCCUGGAAUUCAGGAGGGAACUAAUGUUUUAUAUCCACCACUUGAUGCCGGUGCGAAGGAUGCUAGCCUUUUAUUUCAAAACGUGAAUGGGAAUUGUAAAGGGCUCAUUAAACCAACUGCAAAUAGUAAUAUACCACAUGAUGGAGAUGAUAUGGCAUGGUACAUGCCUUGUAAGCUAAUGAACUUGAAUGGAACUACAAAGCCUGAUUUUUCGUUCAAAUAUUAUGACGGUUACGCUUGCCACACUUCAGAAUACGCCAGGUCUUCAUUUUAUGAUCUGAAAGUUCAGGGGGAUAUUUAUUACGAUUGGGAAACUAUAUCUAAUUCAUCGAGAGAUUUGAUUGUCUACAAUGGUCAAGUUAUUGACAUGGGUUUCAUUGAUUGGCUUUAUAAGGAUGAGCUCACCUACCCCAAAUUAUUUGACGAUUUGAAAAAUGACAAGACAUUGAAAGGGUACGAUAUCUCUUUAUUGCUUACAGAGCCUCAUCAAAAACAGAUUGCUGAUUGCUUAAUUGAAAUAGCCAAAGUUGGUGUUGUAGACUCCUCUACAAUUGGUUGUAUUGCAUCGACAAUUGUGUUGUAUGUUUCCUUAGUGUUUGUUUUGUCCAUUGUGUUUGUGCAGUUUUUUGUUGCUUGUUACUUCAAGUGGUUUGUUGCCCCUUAUCAAGGUGCCUCUUACUCCUCCGUUAAAGAGAUGAAUGAAAAGAAUAACCAAGUCGAAAAUUGGGUCGAUGAUCCUGGAAAUUCUGCACAGUUACCCGAUGUUCCUUUGAAAAGGAGAGCAGAUUAUCAUUCAGCAAGAAGAGCUAGUAAAAGUUUACGCUUAUCAUGGGGUGGCGAUCUCAACGAUUAUGUCGAAAACUUUAAAUCACAAGAAGUAGGUGAAUACAACCCGAAAUACAUCACAAUGACGACGGAGGCAUACAUGAUGGCAAAUGCUGACACCAAAAAACGCCAGAAUAGAAAUGUCUCUACAGCUUCUAUGCUUACUUCUUCUAACCUGAACCCGUUUAAAACCAAGGAUCCGUUUGCUGAUGAGAGCGAGAUUGAAACACUAGAUCCUGCUUUAAUAUCCACAGACGCUAUUCCACAACCACCUGUCAAUUGGGAACCAUUCGGAUACCCAUUAAUCCACACUAUGUGUUUGGUCACAUGUUAUUCCGAAGAUGAAGCCGGUAUUAGAACUACAAUUGACUCCAUUGCCACAACUGAUUAUCCAAAUUCACACAAAUUGAUUGUUGUCAUCUGUGAUGGUAUUAUUACUGGUGCUGGUAAUGACAGAUCAACACCUGAUAUAUGUUUGGAUAUGAUGACAGACUUAGUAAUUCCAAAGGAAGAAGUACAACCUUUUUCCUAUGUUUCUGUCGCACACGGCUCUAAAAGACAUAACAUGGCCAAGGUUUAUGCUGGUUUUUACAAAUAUGACGAUAGCACUAUUCCUAAGGAAAAGCAACAAAAAUGUCCUGUUCUUUUGAUUGUUAAAUGUGGUACUCCGGCGGAAAUGACUUCAGCAAAACCAGGUAAUAGGGGAAAGCGUGACUCUCAGAUCAUUUUAAUGUCAUUUUUGCAAACAGUUACUUUUAAUGAAAGAAUGACACCUUUGCAAUACGAGAUGCUGAAAUCAAUUUGGCAAGUGACGGGUCUAAUGUCAGCAAUGUACGAGACAGUUUUAAUGGUGGACGCAGAUACCCUUGUUUAUCCCGAUUCACUAACCCAUAUGGCGGCAGAAUUUGUUAAGGAUCCAGAGAUUAUGGGAUUGUGUGGAGAAACCAAAAUUUCCAAUAAAGCCCAAUCUUGGGUUACAGCUAUUCAGGUUUUUGAAUAUUAUAUUUCUCACCAUCAAUCGAAAGCGUUUGAAUCAGUCUUUGGAAGUGUUACUUGUUUACCUGGUUGUUUUUGUAUGUACCGUAUUAAAUCACCAAAGAGUGCAAAUGUUUGGGUUCCGAUUUUAGCCAAUUCGGAUAUUGUUGAAAAAUACUCUGACAAUGUACUAAACAGUUUACAUAAGAAGAACUUGCUUUUAUUAGGUGAAGAUAGGUAUUUGACUUCAUUAAUGUUAAGAGCUUUUCCAAGGAGAAAACAGGUUUUUGUCCCUAAAGCAGCAUGUAAGACAGUCGUUCCCGAUGAAUUUAAGGUCUUGCUAUCCCAGCGCCGUCGUUGGAUUAAUUCUACAGUUCACAAUUUGAUGGAACUAGCAUUAGUUAAAGAUUUGUGUGGAGCAUUUUGCUUAUCUAUGCAGUUUAUUAUUAUUGUUCAAUUGAUAGGUACCCUUGUUCUACCAGCAUCCAUCACUUUUACUCUUUACAUUAUAAUUAUCGCCAUGGUUUCAAAACCGACUCCUACGAUGUCUUUAAUUCUAAUGGCUAUUAUUUUUGGUUUGCCUGCCUUAUUGAUUGUUGUUACGGUUUCCAAUUUGGCUUAUGUUUUGUGGAUGUGCAUCUAUAUUCUUUCCUUACCUGUUUGGAAUUUUGUUUUACCUACGUACGCAUAUUGGAAGUUUGAUGACUUUAGUUGGGGUGAUACGAGAAAAACUGAGGGAGGUGAUAAAGGAGGUCACGGAGACAGUGAAGGUGCUUUUGAUGGUUCUCAAAUCAAGCAAAUGACCUGGCGGGAGUACGAACGUGCUAGAAGAGAAAAUACUUAUUUGACCGUCCCAUCUGCUAGUCAUUCUAACUUGGCGUCUGUAUAUAAUCCAGGAAGUUUUGAUGAAAGAAUGGAGUAUAUUGAUUUAUCUCACGAAUACUCACUUGAUUGA